GAGAGAGAGAGAGAGAGAGAGGGUAGAGGGGGUGGUGAUGCUGCUGUUGCUUGUGGUCGUGGACGGGGCUUGUCUUUUUUAGCUGGCUGAAUGUGUUGACACGCAUUACUGCUCCAUCUCCAUGAUUAAACCGGCAGCCCGGAGGGGAGUCGCAUCGGAGUGUGAAAUAGCAGAAGAGGAAACAGUCAGGGGGAAUGAGAUCGGACCGAGCCGCGGCAUCUUCCCCAUCAUGCAGCAGACUUUCUCCACCAGCCGUCCAUUUUAUACGAUUAUAUGAGCCCACGAGCGCCAAUUUGUCUGUAUCCUGCAGACAGGCAGUGUGCAGACCCGGCGAUGACAACAUAGGCCAACGCCUCGCUGCAGCUACAUACAGGGAAUGAAAACGCUCCCAAGAUGGUCCGCAUCGCAAAGGCCCUGGGUUUGGUUAUUCUGUGCGUCGCUGUGCUCAUACUGUCCCUCAUUAGCUAUGUGUCCCUGAGAAAAGACAGCCUCUUCACCUCCUCUAAAUAUUACAUGGGAGGCCCGAGGAUUAUGUUCCACGCAGGAUUUCGGUCUCAGUUUGCAUUGAAUUUCCUGGACCCCUCAUUCAUCCCCUUAACUAACGCCCUGAAUGAAGAGCUCCAGGGAAAACCAUCCAAAUGGAAGUUCAACAAGACGGCUUUCUAUCUGCAGAGGAAAGAUAUCUUCAGCUACAUCGACAUUCCCACCAACUUCUCCCUCACAAAGAACAGUGUGCGUGUUGGCCAGCUGAUGCACUUUGACUACUCCAGCCACAAGUACGUCUUCUCCAUCAGCAACAACCUGAAGUCCCUGCUUCCAGACACCUCUCCCAUCCACAACAAACAUUACAGCAUGUGCGCCGUGGUGGGCAACAGCGGCAUCCUGACAGGAAGCCACUGCGGCCCCGAGAUCGACCAGGCCGACUUUGUCUUCCGCUGCAACUUCGCCCCCACGGAGGUCUACUCCAAGGACGUGGGCAAGAAGACCAACCUGACCACCUUCAACCCCAGCAUCCUGGAGAGGUACUACAAUAACCUGCUGACCAUACAAGACAGGAAUAAUUUCUUCCUGAACCUGAAGAAGCUGGAGGGAGCCAUCCUGUGGAUCCCUGCCUUCUUCCUUCAUACCUCAGCCACAGUAACCAGGACCUUGGUGGACUUCUUUGUGGAGCACAAGGGACAGCUGAAGGUCGAACUGGCCUGGCCGGGAAACAUCAUGCACGAUGUUAACAAAUACUGGAAGACUAAAAACCUCUCCCCCAAACGUCUCAGCACUGGGAUCCUAAUGUAUACGCUGGCCUCCGCCAUGUGCGACGAGAUCCAUCUUUACGGCUUCUGGCCCUUCGGCUGGGACCCCAACACAGGCAACGAUCUGCCUUACCACUACUACGACAAAAAAGGGACCAAAUUCACCACCAAGUGGCAGGAGACCCACCAGCUGCCAAGCGAGUUCAAGCUGCUGUACAAGCUGCACAGGGAAGGUGUGAUUAAACUCAGCCUGACACACUGCUCUUAGACAUGUGAGGGAUGACUCCAAAGACGCAGAUUCAUCCACUCAGCUCUUCUGUUGUGACCCACAAUGCAUGAUAAGUGUUAAGGCAAUUUACGACACCCUUAUUCGACAAACACACACUCACAUCACGCUGUAACUUCACACGAAGAUGUCACAGACUUGUCACAGCGUUGCUACUCAUUUAUACGGUAUGUUGUUGUCUUCAGCACUACACAGUUAGGACUCAGUUGCUUCCAUUACUCUCCUUUGCAUGGCUGCUGGCCGUGGUGAAACCGCUUGAACAGAACUGGAGUUUGCAGGGGGAUUCAACAACAAGUCAAAUCAUCCAGUUCAGUUCAGUAUUGAUUGAUUAAUCGCCUUUUACAACAGUAUACGGAUUCUUUACACUGAAAUCACUGCCUAAUCUCAGGGAAGGAGUUAGAUCAGUGUUUUUUUGUAAUCAGAUUCAAUGCCUCAAGAGAGAUGCAGUUGCUGGCCUUUUUCCCCCCAUAAGGUGUCAGACAAUCUGCACUGCUCUCGAAGAUGGUAUUUGUUUACAAGACUGUACCCUAUAUGUAUAUGUGUAUAUAUAUAUAUAUGUGUGUGUAUAUAUAUGUAUAUAUGUAUAUAUACAUACAUAUAUAUACACAUACACAUACACACACACACACACACACACACACACACACACACACACACACACACACAAACACACACACACACACACACACACACACACACACACACACACACACACACACACACACACACAUACACAUGUAUAAACUGUGUCUCUUUUAUUCUCGUAGACAGUUUGACUGUAAACUUCAAAUUUUGUUGAGAUUCGUAAAACUUUUUGGAAUAAUAAUUGACAUUCCAACAAUAAGCCAUAAAGUAAUCAUGGACAGUGUGUUAUCAUUAAAAUACAGAAUUUUAGAAAGUGUAUCGGCCUACAAAACGUUUCUGAGACAUUUCAAAAUACCUUCCAACAAGAGUACAGGUCUAUAGCCACGCUAGCGGCUACAUUCGAGUCAUAGAACUUCCAAUAGAAAUAAAUAUCCAAAACGUUGUUUAGUAGCACGAUGUGAUCGUAAAAUUCUUUAAAGUUGACUCACGUACAAAUUGAACAAGGUCACAGGGUAUUUAUUUUUUUGAAAAUCACACACUUAGUAGGCUACUAAGAGUUGAAUGUAACAUCAAUACAUGAGAGUUACAAACUGGGGCACAAAAUGUUGCACCGGCUAUUCGUAAAUCCAUUCUUAAGUUUGUGUGUAUUAAUUAACUACUAGCUCCCGGCCAAGAAAUAGCAACUCCCACUUUUUACACAUUUCUUUUUUUUACAAAUUAAACAAAUGAGGUCAGAGUAUUUCUCUAUAACAAAAAUAUAUUUGCUAGUAAAGACUAAAAUAAUGUAAAGUAAUUUUAGGGGGCAAAACACUGACAAUCCUUUGUAAACAUAGGCAUGACAUUAUCAGAUGCACAGCCUUUAUAUAAGACAACAUAUGCAUAAAUAUGUAUGUUUUUGAAUUAGGCUAGUAGUAGCCUAUUAGUGCAAUUUAGCAAGAUUGUUAAAUGUCUGAUCAUGCUAACCAUGUUAGCAUGUUAUUUGGUCAUUAAAUUGAACAUAUCAUUUUGUAAUUUGAGGUAUUUUUUUUAAGUGCAAUUUCAAAUCUCCCAAGUUUACAUUGUUACAGAGUUUAGAUCAGUCAAAAUCAAUAUUAUCUUUUUUACUCUGUUUAAUCUGAACAGGUCAUAUAUUAGCAAGCUAACGCUAGCUAUGUCAGUUGGUUCAGUUAGCAACAGCAACACCUGCAGUUUAGUCAGUGUAAAUAUCUACAUGAUAUUAAAAUAAUAUGUAAGAACUAGUUAGUGUAGUAAGAAAACUGUUUUAAUUUUGUAAACAAGCGAAGUUUGAAUUUAUGAACGGUUGUAACGAGCUCAAGAAAACAAAACUGUUGGAAGAAUGAAAAAUGGAGACAAUUCUUAUCAAUAACGGGGCAGAGGGUACCAGACCAUCUUGUGACCGAAAUCACGGCGCUAGCGUGGCGAAAAACAUCAGGAAAUACAACAUUUUGGAAAGUUUCUUCAAUACCAAUAACUGAUCUUGAGGUUUACCAUUAUUUAAAAUAUACUAGAGAAGAGAACACUAUUUAUUUUAGAGCAUUUGUUGGUGGGGGGGGGGGAGUUAAGUAUUCAUUAUGUAACCAUAUCAGUUCAAAUAUUUGUGACAUGAAUGAAUGUUAUACGACUUACUGCAUCUUGUGUAAAGAGCAUGAUCCAUUUAAAUGACAUUGCAUGUGAGGCACUAACAAAUCUUUUAGGCUAGUUUUAUACAACCUUUUUGAAGAUUGUUUUGAGGGUGAAAAUGAGUUAUUUGCUUUUGUUUGUAUUCCUGACGGUGUAUUCCUUAAGAAUAUCACCAGUGUCUUUGUAUGAGAUACGUCCGAAGGCUAAAGAAAGAACCCUUAUAUAUUCCAGAUGGGACCAAAACCUCCACAGAGCAACUUAAAAAUAAACAAGCUUUAUUUUUUGUAACUGUAGAUAAUCUUGGGUUCUCAAAAACAGUCUACCCUGUCAUGCCGGACUGACGCAGACACGGACGGGUGGGUUGAAAGCUGGCCACAUGACUCGUCUCAUGACUCUGAACAUGUGCUCCUUGUUGCAAACUCUGCCUUAGGCUGAGCUUUAAUACACAGAGCAAUGCAGUCAUUCAUACUUACCAGAUGUGUGCUUUUGUGUUCACUCGACAUCCCAUUCCACACAAAGAGUUUAUUUUUGUCCGUCUCCUUUAGGCAAGAUGAACAUUUCAGAUGACCUUUGUGUCUCGUCUACAAAUCACAGUGCAUUCACCACCAUGAGAACACAUAUCUGAUAAAAAAAAGUUUGAAUUAUAGCUGAAUUUAAUUGAUGUCAUAGAUACAUUUAAGGAUAUUUUCUGUAGUCCCUUCAUAACGAAUGUUUACACCAAAGACGAUGUGUUCAAAGGAGAAAUGUCAGUUGAUGUAGAUUGAUUUGGGAUUUAGGAAGCGGUGUGGCAACUAACAACAAGUAUUAUUGUAUUAGACAUGGAGUAUCCCUUUUUUGAUGUUGAAUUUGAUGUUAAAUAUCACUUUUUGUGGCACAUAAAUAAUUUAAAACUUUUUGCGUCUUUGGCUUUAGCCAAAGUAAUGUGGUGGAAUUUAUUUGUGACUCCAUGAAUGUCCUUGAUCGAUUUGUUUAAAAAAAUUCACUGACAUGAAUGCAGGACAUUUUUAAGUUUCUGUCUUGAUUUAAUCAAAAUCAAUGUGUAGAAUGUGUGUAAACAAUAAUGAUGCGAACAAAGUAUCCUGUGAGGAUUGUAUUUCCAGUCAGAAUAGCAGUAUAGAUUUUUGUGCAUUACAUUUAAGUGACAAGACAGUGACAUGUACAUAAACAUAAAAUGUCUUUAUUCCAAACGCAGCACUAUACAGGCUUUCAUUCCAACAACCCUUUAACAUUCUUGUACUUGUGUUCGAUCUGCAUGGCAACUUUGUUCCACGAUGCAUAAAAAAGCUUGGCUGCUUAUGUACAUGUCGUAUAAAAGUCAUAAAUCAUAUGUAUAAUCAUAUAUAAGUGACUUUGCUAUCUUGGUUGUUCUAACAAAAACUAUCAUCCAUAUAAGAAAUGUAACCAUGUCUUAAAUGUUUUUGGAUUAUACUCCAUGAUAAAUAUACGUUAUGUGCCUGCAUAUUCCUUCCAUCAAUGCCUCAAUGUGUCAAAUAAAAACAGUUUUUUUCUCUGAUAUGA